AUGUUCAGGAACACCGCCUUGAAGGCCACCCACAGCGGUAUGCUGCGCGGUGCGACCUCUUCGACGUGCCGUCGGUCCUUCCACCUGGCCUCCACUGCUCGGAGUGCCUCGAAGAACUCGACAUUCGGCCUGACUGCGCGCCGUCCUCUUGCCGUCGUCGACCGUGCUCUCAACGGCACCCGACUCUAUGCCUCGUCGGCAGAGGGUAACGCUCCUGGAGUGGACCCCAACGAUUCUUUCCUCCAGGGCAGCACUGCCAACUAUAUUGAUGAGAUGUACAUGGCAUGGAAGCAGGAUCCCGCCAGCGUCCACAUUUCCUGGCAGACCUACUUCAAGAACAUGGAGGAGGGCAAGAUGCCUAUCUCCCAGGCCUUCACUCCUCCCCCGACCAUUGUUCCCACCCCUACCGGUGGUGUUCCCCAAGAUAUGCCCGGCACUGGCCUCGCAGCCGGCACGGACGUUACAAAUCACUUGAAGGUCCAGCUUCUGGUCCGCGCUUACCAGGCCCGUGGUCACCACAAGGCUAAGAUUGACCCCCUGGGCAUUCGUGGCGAGGCCGAGGCUUUCGGCUACAACAAGCCCAAGGAGCUCGAGCUCGACCACUACGGUUUCACUGAUCGUGAUCUGGACCAGGAGUUCGCCCUGGGUCCUGGUAUCCUGCCCCGUUUCCUGACCGAGACCCGCAAGAAGAUGACCCUGCGCGAGAUUAUUGCCGCCUGCGAGAAGAUCUACUGUGGCUCCUACGGCGUUGAGUAUAUUCACAUCCCGGACCGCAAGCCUUGCGAGUGGAUCCGUGAUCGCUUUGAGAUCCCCGAGCCCUACAAGUACUCCGUUGAUGAUAAGCGUCGUAUCCUCGACCGUCUCAUCUGGUCGUCCAGCUUCGAGUCCUUCUUGGCCACCAAGUUCCCCAACGACAAGCGUUUCGGUCUGGAGGGUUGCGAAACCCUCGUGCCUGGUAUGAAGGCCCUGAUCGAUCGCAGCGUCGACUAUGGCAUCAAAGACAUCGUCAUUGGCAUGCCUCACCGUGGUCGUCUCAACGUUCUCUCCAACGUCGUCCGCAAGCCUAACGAGUCUAUCUUCUCCGAGUUUGCCGGUUCUACCGAGCCUUCCGAUGAGGGUUCUGGUGAUGUCAAGUACCACCUGGGUAUGAACUUCGAGCGCCCUACCCCCUCGGGCAAGCGUGUCCAGCUUUCUCUGGUCGCCAACCCGUCCCACUUGGAGGCCGAGGACCCUGUCGUCCUGGGUAAGACCCGUGCCAUCCAGCACUACAACAAGGAUGAGACCCACUUCGACAGUGCUAUGGGUGUCCUGCUCCACGGUGAUGCCGCUUUCGCUGGCCAGGGUAUUGUCUACGAGACCAUGGGUUUCCACUCCCUGCCCGCCUACUCCACCGGUGGUACCAUCCACAUUGUUGUGAACAACCAGAUCGGUUUCACCACUGAUCCUCGUUACUCUCGUUCCACCCCUUACUGCUCGGACAUUGCCAAGUCCAUCGACGCCCCUGUGUUCCACGUCAAUGCCGAUGACGUUGAGGCCGUGAACUACGUUUGCCAGGUCGCCGCCGACUGGCGUGCCGAGUUCAAGACCGAUGUUGUUAUCGACAUCGUCUGCUACCGUAAGCAGGGUCACAACGAGACUGAUCAGCCCUCGUUCACCCAGCCUCUGAUGUACAAGCGCAUUGCCUCCCAGAAGGCUCAGCUCGACACCUACAUCGAGAAGCUCAUCAACGAAGGCACCUUCACCAAGGCGGACAUUGACGAGCACAAGAAAUGGGUUUGGGGCAUGCUGAAUGACAGCUUCGACCGCAGCAAGGACUACCAGCCCACCGGCAAGGAGUGGCUGACCUCCGCCUGGAACAACUUCAAGACUCCUAAGGAGCUGGCCACCGAGGUCCUUCCUCACCUGUCCACCUCUGUUGGCUCCAACAUGCUGAAGCACAUUGCCGAUAAGGUCAGCGGUGCUCCCGAGGGCUUCACUCUCCACCGCAACCUCAAGCGUAUUCUCGCCAACCGCAAGAAGACCGUUGAUGAGGGGAAGAACAUCGAUUGGGCUACCGCCGAGGCUCUUGCUUUCGGUUCGCUCGUCGAUGAGGGUUACCACGUCCGUGUUUCCGGUCAGGACGUUGAGCGUGGUACCUUCUCUCAGCGUCACGCUGUCCUGCACGACCAGGAGAAUGAGGCUACCUACACUCCUCUGCAGAACAUUAGCGACAAGCAGGGUAGCUUCGUCAUCUCCAACUCCUCUCUGAGCGAGUUCGGUGCUCUUGGCUUCGAGUACGGUUACUCUCUGACCUCCCCCGAGGCUCUCGUCAUGUGGGAGGCUCAGUUUGGUGACUUCGCCAACAACGCUCAGUGUAUCAUUGAUCAGUUCAUUGCUUCUGGUGAAUCCAAGUGGCUGCAGCGUUCCGGUCUGGUUGUUUCUCUACCCCACGGCUACGACGGCCAGGGUCCCGAGCACUCUUCCGGCCGCAUGGAGCGUUGGUUGCAGCUUUGCAACGAGGAGCCUCGCGUCUUCCCCUCGGCUGACAAGCUUGACCGCCAGCACCAGGACUGCAACAUGCAGAUCGCUUACAUGACCGAGCCCUCCAACCUGUUCCACAUUCUCCGUCGCCAGAUGCGCCGCCAGUUCCGCAAGCCUCUGAUCAUCUUCUUCUCCAAGUCGUUGCUGCGUCACCCCAUCGCCCGCUCCGAUAUUGAGGCCUUCACCGAUGACUCUCACUUCCAGUGGAUCAUCCGUGACCCUGCCCACGGCACUACCAUCGAUGCCCCCGAGAAGAUUGAGCGUGUCAUUCUCUGCUCUGGCCAGGUCUACGCUGCCCUUGUCAAGCACCGUGAGGCUCAUGGUAUCCGCAACACUGCCAUUACCCGUGUUGAGCAGCUGCACCCCUUCCCCUGGGCUCAGCUGAAGGAGAACUUGGAUAGCUACCCCAACGCCAAGAACAUCGUCUGGUGCCAGGAGGAGCCCCUGAACGCCGGUGCCUGGUCCUAUGCCCAGCCCCGUAUCGAGACCCUGCUCAACUCCACCGAGCAUCACAACCGUCGCCACGUCCUGUACGCCGGCCGUGCUGGCAGUGCUUCCGUCGCCACCGGUCUUAAGGCCGUCCACCUCAAGGAGGAGCAGGAGUUCCUGGAGGAUGCUUUCUCCAUUCACCAGGAGCGUCUCAAGGGCGAGUAA